AUGACCAGAAGUCGAUGCAAGGGCGGGGGUUUAUCGUGGCGUCAGACCAUGUUCAACCUUUCGGGAGUCAGCACAAUCUCGAUAAAUCCUGGGACUGGAGAAACGAAGGGGUAG